AUGGAAUUUUUCAAAGCAAGCUGGGAAAUUAUUGGUCCACAGAUAAUUGCUGCAGUCCAGACUUUCUUCUCGUCGGCUUUUAUGCCAACAUCUCUCAACUCAACAACAUUGGUUUUGAUCCCGAAGCGUAGAGGAGCGGAUGACCUGAAGGAUUUCAGGCCAAUAUCUUGUUUGAAUACUGUCUACAAGCUCAUCACUCGGUUGAUCUCAGAGCGCUUGAAGAAGAUUUUGCCACAAAUUAUUCUGGCAGAUCAGACGGCUUUUAUUAAGGAUAGGCUCUUACUUGAAAAUGUCCUUCUUGCUGCAGAAGUCAUUCAUGGUUAUCAUCGCCUGGGCAAUACACCUAGAAUCACAUUGAAGAUUGAUAUAGCAAAGGCUUUUGAUUCUAUGAGAUGGGAUUUCAUUUUACUUUGUCUCAAGGCUUACCAAAUCCCAGAUGAAACAAUUGGGUGGAUCAGAAGUUGCAUAUCCACACCUUCUUUCUCAGUAAGCAUAAAUGGAAUAAACUCAGGGUAUUUCAAAGGCAAAACAGGUCUUCGUCAAGGAGAUCCUCUUUCUCCUAUCCUUUUUGUCAUGGCCAUGAAUGUACUUUCUUUGAUGCUAAACAGAGUGGCUAUUGAUGGGAUUUUCAAGUAUCAUCCACGGUGCGAAGAGUAA